CUUGUCACGGUUGAAGGACCACAUGUUUCUAUCUUCAAAAUCUACAGCUGGAACGCCGGAAUGGAUGGUGCCGGAAGUUCUAAGAAAUGAACCAUCCAAUGAGAAAUGUGAUGUCUACAGCUUCGGUGUGAUACUGUGGGAGUUAGCUACCUUGCGCAUGCCGUGGAGUGGAAUGAACCCAAUGCAGGUAGUUGGAGCUGUUGGGUUCCAAAAUAGACGCCUCAAUAUACGAAGUGAGGUUGAUCCGAUGGUUGUGCAGAUCAUAUGUGAUUGUUGGCAGAGGUAAGCUUGCAAUUGUAUCA